CCCUGGAGAAUUGGGGCGCCCCCUCCACCGUCCUACAGCUUUUGGGUCUGGGUUCGGGAGGGUCUGUGCUCAGAGACUACCGCCUGCUCCUCCACACCCGGGGUAGCAGGGACCCACGCCGGGCGCUGACGUCGGCCUUCAAGGCCCCCUCCCCGGCUCGGCAGAGGGAGGAGCCUGGGGCCCGCCGCCCCGCCCCCAUCCCCGCCCCCGCGCGCUGCGGGCCAGGGGCCCUGGGAGGGGCGCCGAGCGGCGCGCACAGACCCCGCGCCCCCAGGCCCCGGUCCCGGCACCGGGGAAAGCGAGGUUCACGGAGUUCCCCCACCCCGGGAGGAAUUCCCUCUGGGAACCUCUCUCCAGCCAUGGACAGCCCCAGUCUUCGAGAACUCCAACAGCCUCUGCUGGUGGGUGCAGGCAGUGAGCCCCUUGUCCAGAAGCCUGGUGAGCCUGAUCUGGGGCCUCCCUUUCGAGAGACAGCCUUUGCGGAAUCGCUGAGGGGUUGGCAGUUUCUGCCACCAUCUUUUCCCUCUGUGAGCGCUGGCCUAGGGGAUCCAGGGCCACCUGACCUUGAGGAUGUGUCAUCCAGUGACAGUGACUCGGACUGGGAUGGGGGCAGCCUGCUCUCCCCACUCCUACCCCACGACCACCUUGGCUUGGCUGUCUUCUCCAUGCUGUGCUGUUUCUGGCCUGUGGGCAUCGCCGCCUUCUGCCUGGCCCAGAAGACCAACAAGGCUUGGGCCAAGGGGGACGUCCAGGGGGCAGGGGCCGCCUCCCGCCGCGCCUUCCUGCUGGGGGUCCUGGCCGUCGGGCUGGGCGUGUGCACAUACGCGGCCGCCCUGGUGACCCUGGCCGCCUACCUCGCCUCCCGGGACCCGCCCUAGUUGCCCCUGCGGCCCCCACUGUGAACCCAGAGGCUGGCCGCCCAGCGCGUCCGCGGUCGGAGUGGAGAAUCCGGGUGGAUGAGGCGGCGGCGGUAGCGUCCAGAAAUGGGAGGGCGCCGGACCACCCCCGCCCCGCUUCCUGGAGGCCGCAAAGAGCGAUUAAACACCAGACACUCUUGCCGCCAAA